UUUUUUGUCUGUAUACAGUCGAGGGUUUCAUUUUACUCUCCUCUCUCGUGUAUAAAAGAUAUUUGUGUAUCUUCCUCAAGCCCUCCUCUGAGCAAAGCUAUCUUCCCAUUCCAUCCCCCCAACCUUAUCUCCACCACCCUAUCUCUCUUUCUCUCUUGUGCUCGCUUCAUAAAAUUAAAUUGGUGAGUUUCUUGAGGGAAUUCUGCGUUGAAACAAGAAGAGAAAGAGAGGGGGUGGAGAAAUGCAGGGCGUUUUGCAAUCAAAAGGGCUUCUUUCAUUGCCUUCAAACCCAAGAACGAGAGCUUUUGCUCCACAGCCAUCACAGGGUUUAAGGUAUAGGUUCUAUCCUUUAAAUCCCUCGUUAAAACCAGGGCUGCUUAAUGGAUCUUCUUUAUCGCUUAACGCGUUCUCAAAGUUUCAAGGAUUUAUUGCAAAGCCUCAAUUGGUUGGGCAAAAGAGCAGAAAUUAUCCCUUGUUUAGAGCUGAGGCGGCAGCAGCAGCAGCAGAUGGGCAGUCUUUGUAUGGAGAGAAAGAAUCUCCCAAGUUCAUGGGUAUUGAGGUGGAGACUCUCAAGAAAAUAAUACCGCUUGGGAUGAUGUUUUUCUGUAUUCUGUUUAAUUACACCAUUCUCAGGGAUACUAAGGAUGUUUUGGUGGUGACAGCCAAAGGGUCUAGUGCUGAAAUCAUACCUUUCUUGAAAACAUGGGUGAAUUUGCCUAUGGCUAUUGGGUUCAUGCUCUUGUACACCAAAUUGGCUAAUGUGUUGUCAAAACAGGCUCUUUUCUACACUGUCAUUCUUCCAUUUAUAGGCUUUUUUGGGGCGUUUGGGUUUGUAUUGUAUCCACUCAGCCAGUAUUUCCAUCCCACAGCUCUGGCUGAUAAGCUCCUUAAUAUUUUGGGCCCAAGAUUUCUUGGCCCUCUUGCAAUUUUGAGGAUCUGGAGUUUCUGCUUGUUCUAUGUGAUGGCUGAACUUUGGGGGAGUGUGGUUAUAUCUGUCCUGUUCUGGGGGUUUGCUAAUCAGAUCACUACUGUUGAAGAAGCAAAGAAGUUCUAUCCUCUUUUUGGACUUGGUGCUAACAUUGCCCUUGUUUUCUCUGGUCGAACGGUGAAAUACUUCUCUCAAAUGAGGCAAAACUUGGGUCCUGGGGUUGACGGCUGGGCCAUCUCCUUGAAGGGAAUGAUGAGUAUUGUGGUGCUGAUGGGGUUUGCGAUUUGUUUCCUGUAUUGGUGGGUGAAUAAUAAUGUUGCUCUUCCCACCCGUAGCCAGAAGAAGAAGGAGAAGCCAAAAAUGGGGACAAUGGAAAGUUUAAAGUUCUUGGUGUCUUCUAGAUAUAUAAGAGAUCUUGCGACCUUGGUUGUAGCAUAUGGUAUCAGCAUAAACCUCGUCGAGGUUACAUGGAAAUCAAAGCUCAAAGCUCAGUUUCCAACACCAAAUGAGUACUCUUCAUUUAUGGGCGACUUCUCAACCGCUACUGGGAUAGCAACUUUCACUAUGAUGCUGUUGAGUCAAUGGAUCUUUAACAAAUACGGGUGGGGAACAGCAGCAAAAAUCACGCCGACCGUCUUGCUUCUAACCGGAGUUGGCUUCUUCUCCCUGAUUCUGUUUGGCGACCCUCUUGCUCCAGGUCUUGCCAAGAUUGGGAUGACUCCACUUUUAGCUGCCGUUUACGUGGGAGCAAUGCAAAACAUUUUUAGUAAGAGUGCCAAGUACAGCUUAUUUGAUCCGUGCAAGGAAAUGGCCUACAUUCCUUUGGACGAAGACACCAAGGUCAAAGGAAAGGCAGCGAUCGAUGUUGUUUGCAACCCGUUGGGGAAGUCCGGAGGCGCUUUAAUUCAGCAGUUCAUGAUUUUAACCUUCGGAUCACUUGCAAACUCGACUCCAUAUCUCGGAGGCAUACUUCUUGUGAUUGUUCUUGCGUGGUUGGGAGCCGCAAAGUCAUUAGAUGGCCAGUUCACCGCUUUGAGGCAAGAAGAAGAGCUUGAGAAGGAGAUGGAAAGGGCCGCUGUGAAGAUCCCGGUCGUGUCUCCGAACGAAGCUGGUAACGGUUCUCUUGCUGAUGGACCGACCCUAAAUCCCACCGGAGGCGACUCAUCGUCGGGCGCCUCGUCUCCGCACGUGUGAUCAUAUUUUUCCAUUACCUGCAAAACAGGAGUAAUAAUUCAAAGUACUUCAGAAAGAUUUAUCAGGUGGAUUGAUGGUGUUAGGAUUUUUCUGUCCAGAAAUCCUUAUUUGUAAGAAUUUGUUUUAGCCUCUUAAAUAAUCAGAGCCAGUUAGUCUUGUCACUGACUGAAUUGAGCCCCUCUGAUAGAUAUAAAAAUCUUUGCCCAAUGUAUUUUGUUUUCUUUAGCUUUGUAGUUGAGGGAUAGCAUCCUAUCCAGAGGGCAUGUUUAUAGUAAGCUCAAUUCAAAUC